AACUAUCGGAAGCUACCCACAAUCCUCAUUUGCAUUCUUUAGCAACAAGAUGUCGACUAACAGUCAACCAGAUUAUGACAAGCCGGGCGACGAAGGAGAAGAGCGCGUAAAAAUAAUUUGCCUUGGGGAUAGCGCUGUAGGAAAAUCAAAAUUAGUUGAAAGAUUUCUAAUGGAUGGAUACAAACCUCAGCAGUUAUCCACAUUUGCUCUGACAUUAUUUAACUACAAGACUCAAAUAGAUGGCAAAACUGUUUCAGUCGAUUUUUGGGACACUGCUGGUCAGGAAAGAUUCAACAGCAUGCACCCUUCUUACUAUCACCAAGCUCAUGCCUGUGUUAUGGUUUUUGAUUGUACUAGAAAGAUCACAUAUAAAAAUUUACCUGAAUGGCUGAAAGAUUUGCGGACAUACAGACCAGAGAUUCCAUGCUUAUGUGCAGCUAACAAAAUUGAUGAGGAUAUGGAUACAACAAAGAAAUCAUUUGCCUUUGCCAAGAAGAACAAUAUGCCUUUCUACUAUGUCUCUGCAGCCAAUGGAACUAAUGUGGUCAGGUUAUUUAAAGACUCUAUCAGGGCAGCACUAGCCUAUAAACACAACUCCACAGAUUUCAUGGAUGAAAUAAUGAAAGAGCUUGAAAACUUUGAGCUGGAUCCCAUCCCCAGUAAAGUGAAAGACAAAGAGAAAGAAACAGAGAAGAUCACACAAGAAAAGUCUUGAGGAUUAUUAUCAAUCUUAGAAAAGAAAAUUGUCCUUUAUUAAAACUCUAAUUUCUAAAACAAUUGGAGCAUGAAGUCUUGGAUUCAUUUUAAAAAUCAUUUAUUAUUUAUUGGCUGUACAGAACAAUUUAAAAAAAAAAAUCAAUUUAAUUUUAUAUUGAACAUAAUUUAAAAACUGAAUUUAGAAAUGUACUUUCAAACUUUGAAGCCAAAGUUUUACUAGAUUUUCAUAAUGAAUUGUUUUUUUUAAAUAGUAAACAUUUAUUUAGAGAAAAAAAAAACAGCAACAGCCUAACUUAUUCUAUUUACAAAAACAAAAUCAACUAAACCUUUGUAUAGAUCUUAUAUUUUUUAGAAAUGAUAUUUAAUACAUGAAUUUAAAAAAAAAACAUUUUAACUUUUACAAUUGUAUGUUUUUUUUGUAAACGUUUAAAAUUUUAGUGAUUUAUGAAUGUAGCUUGUCUCAGCAUGUCUGUGAUAUUUCAAGUAAGGGAAUGUCUUUACAUGGCUAUACCCUUCAGAAUGGUGUGGACCUCAGAAUAAUACUGAGUUCUAGUCAUUGUCAUUUGAAUAGAAACUGAAUUCUCCACUAUUUUGUUAACUUUGUAGACUUAAAGGCACUUUAUUAAUAAUAGUCAAAUGAAUGAUGUCAAGGGUAAACUUCACACUAAUCACUUUAUACGCACACUGCCAGAUAAUAAUAUGAUUGCAAUGUGAUUGUGGCAUGACUUAGAAAGUGUGAUGGGGGAUGAAGACUUUGAAAUGUGUACAUUGUGGAGAAUAAACAAAUAAUCUUGUAAGAA